UGACCAGUAGUCGACUUUCAUUCUCUCUUUCAUUCAUCUCUUUGAUCUCCUGCUUCCUGUCUUACAAAAAAAGAUAACAAUGGCUAUCGUCGAAGUUUCUCUAGAUCCAAUUCUCUCUGCUUUGCUUGAGAAGCUGGCCUCUGGUGAGCUGCUGAAAUUUCUGCGUCGCAUUGGAAUAGAUGCCCAGAUGAAAGGAUGGCGUAGAACUUUGUUGAUGAUCCAGGCUGUGCUUACUGAUGCUGAAAACAGGCAAAUAACAAGCCAACCUGUGAAAGAGUGGCUGAACAAUCUGGAAGAUUUGGCUUAUGAUCUUGAAGACUUCGUGGAUGAGUUGAAUACUGAAGCUUUGCAGCGCAAAUUAAGGAAAAACAAAGGUAGCUCCAAUAUGGCAAAAUGGCUCAUCCCCAAUAAUCUUUCUUACAUUGAUUUCAUGUUUAAUCGCCGGAUUGCUUCCAAGCUAAAAGAAAUUAGUUUUCUAUUGGAAGAUAUAUCCAAAAAUAUCGAAGUUCUCAGUUUAGGGGAGAAUGUGUGGGUGAGGCCUUUUGAAAGAUUGCGAACUUAUGCAAGAGUUCCAACAACUUCGUUUAUCGCAGAAUCAGAAGUUUAUGGAAGAGCAAAGGACAGAGAGCAAAUACUCAAAAUCUUAGUUGGUGUUGAAUCAAAUGAUAGUCAAAUAACUGUGGUACCAAUUAUUGGCAUGGGAGGUGUCGGCAAAACAACUCUUGUCCAACUAGUAUAUAAUGAUGAAAGAUUGAAGGACAAGUUUGAUCUGAAGGCAUGGGUUUGCGUUUCAGUUGAAUUUGAUGCUGUAAGAGUAACAAAAUGCGUUCUUGAGUUAGUUUCUGGUGAAAGGUGUGAUUAUGAAGAUUUUCCCACACUUCAGAGCAAACUAAAGGAUAUCCUUUCAAACAAGAAAUUUCUGGUAGUUUUAGAUGAUGUAUGGAAUGAAUAUUAUGACGAUUGGGACAUCCUACGCCGUCCUUUUCUUGCUGGAAAACCUGGAAGCACAAUCAUCAUUACCACUCGACAAGAAAGAGUGGCCAAAAUCAUGUCUGGAAUUCCAGCAUACCUUCUGAAUCAGUUAUCAGAGGGCGAUGCAUUAUCAUUGUUAGCUCGACAUGCAUUUGGAGCUAAAACUUUUGACCGACAUCCAGAUUUAAUAGAGAUUGGCAAGUCUAUGGUAAGAAGAUGUAAGAUGUUGCCCCUGGCAGUAAAGGCCCUUGGGAGAGUUCUUUGCAACACAGCAGGUCGUGAAGAAUGGGAAGAGGUGUUGAAAAGUGAGAUCUGGAUGGAUGAAGAAAAGAGUGAAAUUCCUCCUGCUCUAAAACUGAGUUAUCACUAUCUUCGUCCGGAAUUGAAAAGAUGCUUUGCUUACUGUGCGCUCUUUCCCAAGGACUAUAUGUUUGAAAAGUUGCAUCUAGUGCACUUUUGGAUGGCGGAAGGUCUUGUGCAGGAAUUUGUGAAAGAUAGGUUAAUUGAAGAUGUAGGUAGUCAAUAUUUUGAUGAACUGUUGGAUAGAUCAUUCUUCCAACAAUCAAGUACCAAUUCUUCAUGCUUUGUGAUGCACGAUCUCUUUAAUGAUCUAGCUAAGUUAGUUGCUGGUGAUAGAUGUUUGAGGAUGGAUGAUGCCCUCAAGGAAAAUCUUCCUAGUAAGAUUUCUCAAAAGGUCCAUCACUUGUCAUUCAAGCGCACUGGGUAUGACACUUAUCCUAGAUUUAGUUUUCUCAACAAAGUUAAAAAAUUGAGAACUCUUUUGUCACUACCUGUUGAUGCGUAUUCAAAUUACAUAUCACAAAGAAUUUUGCUUCACCUAUUACCAAAUUUGUACUGCUUAAGAGUGCUAUCCUUGAAUGGUUAUUCAAUUUAUGAGUUGCCAGAUUCUAUUGGUGAUUUAAGACAUCUACGAUACCUAGGCCUUGCUCAAACUUUACUGAAGUGGUUGCCUGAAUCUGUGAGCACCCUUAUCAACUUACAAGUGUUGAUUAUAAGAGGUUGUUGGAAUCUUACCAAAUUACCCACAAGCAUGGAAAAUCUUAUUAAUCUUCGGCAUCUGGACAUUGCAGCUACUCCUAAAUUACAUGAAAUGCCUCAUGGAAUUGCUCAACUAACAAGUUUGCGAACGUUAACUAAGAUGACUGCAAGUGAAAGUAAAGGAAUGGGGUUAAAAGACUUGGGCAAUUUAUCAUUUCUACAAGGUGAAAUUUCUAUCGAGGAAUUGCAGAAUGUUGUGAAUGUUCAAGAAGCAAUGGAUGCGAGGCUAAUGGAUAAGCCAGGCCUUAACAAAAUAAGGCUGCAAUGGAAUGAAGUCUUUGAUGAUUCCCGGAAUAAAUUCUUUGAAUUGGAUGUGCUUAAUGCAUUAAAGCCCCAUGAAAACUUAUCAACACUUGAAAUUAAGUAUUUCGGGGGUAUGAAUUUCUCUAAUUGGAUUGGAGAUUCAGCAUUCCUUAAGUUAGCAAAGGUAAGCUUCGAAUUUUGUGAAAAUUGCGUAACUUUGCCACCAUUAGGGCAACUACCUUUGCUAAGAGACUUGAGCAUUCGAGGCAUUCGUCAAGUGAAAUUGAUUGGAGCUGAAUUUUAUGGAAAUAGAGGCCAUGGAGAAUUACCUUUUCCAUCACUCAUUAGUCUGACUUUUGAGGACAUGUGUAACUGGGAGGAAUGGCUUGGAAUAGAAGGUGUUAUCGAACUUUCUCAGCUACGCAAAUUGAAGAUAAGUUGUUGUUCAAAAUUGGUGAGGCUUCCAAAUCUCUUACUGCCUUCCCUUUGUGAAUUAGAAGCUACAGAGUGUAAUGAGGUGGUCCUAAAUCAUAUGCAGAAUUUGGAAUCUUUAACCCAAAUACGAUUGACUAGAAUUUUUGGAUUAACUUCAGUUAUCAAUGCAUUUUUACAGUUUCCUUUUAAACUUGAAAGUUUUGAAGUUAUUGGAUGUGAUGAUCUUGAGACUCUAUUUCCAAGUGAUAGUACUGCACGAAACCUAGUCAACCUAAGAAAAGUAGUUGUUGAAAGUUGUCCUUCGCUAUUGUCCCUUCAAGAGAUUGAUGUUCUUCCUGAUCUUAGGACACUUACAGUAGAACAAUGCAGAGCUCUAGAGUGGUUGCCUACUAAAAUAUCUUGUCUUGAGGAGGUAUUUAUCAGAGAGUGUCCAUCUUUGAAGACAAUGAUGAACCUACAGGAUUGCAGCACCUCACUCUCAUCUCUUUUUGUUAAGCAUUGGGUGAAUUUGAAUUUAACAAAUUUACUAGGCUCCGGCCACAAUUACGGAAGUCUCACUGAACUAUACAUAUGGUCUUGUGAUGGUCUAGAGUAUUUUCCACAUGGCGGCUUGCCCACGCCAAAUUUAAAAAUACUAAAUUUAAGAGGUUGUCAACAUCUCAAGUCCUUACCCGAUAGGAUGGAACUACUUUGGUCCCUUUUGUACCUGGAGGUGAAUUAUUGUUCUUCAUUAAUGGAAAUCUUUUCCCAAGAAAAUAGUCCCCCAAAUCUGUCUCACCUUGAUAUCAAAGAUUGCGGGAGGAAACUAAAGCCCCUGGGGGAGUGGAACCUACACAAACUCACCUCUCUUAAAAACUUCUGUUUUGGUGGAUGUCCGAAGCUGGUUUCCUUCACUAACAAUGCUGACAAAGAACAAUGUGUGCUUCCUCCAUCUCUAAUUCAGUUGGAGUUGGUUGACCUGCCAAAUCUGACAACCCUAUCAAAGGACUUCCAAAACCUCACCUCUCUCCAACAACUACGCAUCUAUAGAUGCCCAAAGCUUGUGGCAUUGCCUUUGGAAGACCAGCUUCAAAAGCUUUCGAGCCUUUGGAUUCGAGACUGCCCACUUAUUAAGAAACGGUGUUUGAGGAACAAAGGAAAGUACUGGCCCAUCAUUGCUGACAUUCCCGACGUCGAAAUUGAUUUUUAUUCCAUCUAUGAUUCAUUUCCGUGAAUUCAAUUGCACGAGGCAUUUUCUGAUUACUUGAAAGAACGUGAGAUGGAAUGAAGGUGCCUCUUCUAUUAGAUCUUAAAUUCAGAUGAUGUGAUGAUUAUUGAUAGUGUUAAAGAUUACUCACCAGAUUGCUGAAAUGAUAGGGUUGAGAAGUGACACUGAAUUUCUCCAAGCUUUCGUACGCACUAUCACAUAAGUUGACGUCUCUCUAUAUGGCAGCAUAUGAGCCAUCAGGUAGACAUGUUCAACUGAGGUUUCUGGGCAAUCAUUGGCAACUUCAUCUCAAGACAGCUCCCAUUUCAAUCCUUAUCAUACGACAUGGAUCACUGCACCCAGUGUAGCAUUGUCUGGGAUGACAAAGGUAAAAUCCUUAUUAUGGUUUAGGAUGUUGUCAUCCCCCCUGAAUCACCGUUUGUUUUUCAGAUUGAGUGCAGUGGCUUUUAUUGAUUUUUCACCGAGAAAAAUACUUCAAAUUACUUGAACAGUUAGCCUCGUAUGUAUUGGUUAACUAGUCUUGUGUUUUUUUUGUAUGCAUUUUUUAUUUUUAUUUUUUGUUUAUUACUUUUGUUUGAUGCUAUAGCUAUCUGUGAUUAAU